GUCCAGUUCGUGGCUGGAGGAGAUCUCCGCUCCCUCUCCGUGCUGGAUAUUGGCCCGGUUGCGUUUGGGGGUGGAGAAGCCGACAAUUGAACGAUCCGUGGGAGAGAAAAGUGAGGAGCUCUCUAUGUGUGUGACUAUGGGGGACAUCAGUGAUCUGGACCGACAAAUAGAGCAGCUGCGACGCUGUCAGCUCAUCAAGGAAAAUGAAGUCAAAGCUCUGUGCGCCAAAGCCAGAGAGAUCCUGGUUGAAGAAAGCAACGUUCAGAGGGUGGACUCUCCAGUCACAGUGUGUGGAGAUAUUCACGGCCAGUUCUAUGACCUGAAAGAGUUGUUCAGAGUCGGCGGCGAUGUUCCAGAGACAAAUUAUCUCUUCAUGGGGGACUUUGUGGACCGCGGCUUCUACAGCGUGGAGACGUUUCUUCUGCUGCUAGCGCUAAAGGUGCGGUAUCCUGACAGGAUAACCUUAAUCCGAGGAAACCACGAAUCCCGGCAAAUCACGCAGGUCUACGGCUUCUACGACGAGUGCCUACGCAAAUACGGCUCGGUCACCGUGUGGAGAUAUUGCACCGAGAUCUUUGAUUACUUGUCGCUUUCUGCCAUCAUUGAUGGAAAGAUCUUCUGCGUGCACGGCGGUCUGUCGCCCUCCAUCCAAACAUUGGACCAGAUCAGGACCAUUGAUAGGAAACAGGAAGUUCCUCACGAUGGGCCCAUGUGUGACCUCCUGUGGUCCGACCCCGAAGAUACCACAGGGUGGGGGGUGAGCCCCAGAGGCGCCGGAUACUUGUUCGGGAGCGACGUGGUGGCCCAGUUCAACGCCGCCAACGACAUCCACAUGAUAUGCCGCGCCCACCAGCUGGUCAUGGAGGGCUACAAGUGGCACUUCAACGAGACGGUGCUCACGGUGUGGUCGGCACCCAACUACUGCUACAGAUGCGGGAAUGUGGCAGCCAUCUUGGAGCUGGACGAGCAUUUACAACGAGAGUUCAUCAUAUUCGAGGCAGCGCCGCAGGAGACCAGAGGCAUCCCCUCCAAGAAGCCCGUCGCCGACUAUUUUCUGUAAAGCCUUUCGACGCGUGGAGCUCCGGUUCCUUUUUUCCAUCCCGCUGCCGGACCAUCCUGAACUCACAGAAACCCGCCCCGUCCUGCAGCUCUGCUCAGCUUCAGCCGGAAGAGCGGGAUUUUUUGCCCGACUGCCCGAGCCUGACGGAGCAGUCGCAGCGACAGGUGGAAAGGCGUGGCGGAUACUGGGCCCAUGACUGUUGUCACCUCUGCUGGGCUGUUUGAGGGUCGCUCUGAACGCCUUCAUCCAGCCCGUUUCCCCUCAAUCUGUAGAUAAACAUCCCUCUGUCCAACUUCACUCUUUUUCUAGUGUUCCUUUUAUUUUUAUGACAAAUAUCGUCAUUUAGUUUUAGAAUUUUUUUUUUUUUUUGGGGAUGGAGCAACAUUUUUUUUUGUCCUUUUCAGAAAUAUGCAGCUGUAGGAGAUUUUACAAUUUUUAUCAGUUAAGGAAUUCCUUCUCUAGUUUGUCUUUAACUGUUGCUGUCAGAAGGAAACACUCAACAUGUUCUCAUGUUUUUCUCCUGUUUGUCAUCAGUCACCGUUUAACAUUCAGCGCUGCUGCAGCUUUGCAGCUAAAACGCCACAUGUGUGUAACUAACUAGAGAAAAGUCACAUUUUUCCCUCUUUAAUUCAUUUUAAUCUCUGGAUUGCUCUAGCUCUGUCGAUUUUGAUAUUGUGGAAAUAAAAGUUUUUGUAUCAA